CGUCCGUUAGCUACCAAGAAACUAAAAGUAGAAACGCAGUCCUAAAUAGUCACAACGCUCCCCAUUCCCCAAUCCAACAAAACACGCCAUUCAUUUCUUUAGUCUUUCCUCCUCUCAUCUUUCUCGCACUCGUCUUUUUUGUCCGCUCUAAAUCCUAUCCAAUAUACCUCUUCUCAAUCUCUUCUUAUUCUUCUUCUUCUUGGAGCCACCCAGAAAGGGGUGACAGAAACGAUGAAACACAAAUUCUCCCUGUGUUUCCGGCCGGUCGCCGUGGAAGCAGAGGACGUUGUUGUCAGCCAUGAUCAUGAGGUGUCUUAUGAUUCUGUUUCUACAAAAAUUGUCCCAGGUGGAAAUACUGGGAUGGUUUCAUCAUCGAGCAGCGAAUCAUCGUCCUCGGUGUCGGGCCGUAAAAACCGAAAAUUGAUCCGACGAAAACGUGUCGCAUUCAAGCACUUUCCUAGCCUCUUCAAAGCCAUUGUUUUUCCAGAUCCCAUGAAAAAUAUUCAUCAACUUGAGCUUCCAAUUCAGCUGAAAAGCAAGGGUCCAGUGAAAAACAGAAAGCCUUUCCACGUACUGGACAGUGAACCAGGGAAACCAGAAGCUGAGAAUCAGGCAGAAGAAAAGUCCGCCGCCAUUGAUCUUCUGACGUGGAGCUCAAGUUCUUCAACCUCUUCAUCGACAUCUGAAUCAAAAACGCAGCGAUCAAGCCAUGAAAAACCAAUUACUUCUUGUUCGAGUUGGAUGUCAUCAUGUUUCUGCACGAUUGUUUUGGCCCUACUUGCAACCAUUUUUCUGGGUAAGAUCGGAGCCAUAGUCUCAAUAUCGCUGGGGCUGAGCGCUUUCCAUUGGUUGAUUGGAUACUUCCGGCCACCGUUAGAUCUGAUGAAGUCAGAAACGGCGGCUCCGAGGGAAAAUCUUAAAAUAUGACAAAGAUAUUGACGGCGACUACUAUGUUGCGCCUCAGUGUCGUAUUCUUUAAAUUAAUAUUAAAAAAGAAUAAACAACUGUCUUAUAUUACCUCUGGUUAUAUCUGAACAUUUGGUAACUAACUGUAAGUAGGAAGUUUGCUUUUUUUUUUUUU